AUGUCGCAGCAGAACGAGCCCCUUGCUGCUGCUGCUGCUGCUGCAGCAGGUGCUGCAGCAGCUGCAGCAGCAGCUGCAGCACCUGCUGCAGACGCGCCCCAAGCCCUCCAGGCGGCGGCACACAUGCACGCGCCCGCAGCCCCUGCGGACGCCCAGAAGGAGCAGCAGCAGCAGCAGCAGCGGCAGGACCAGCAGCAGCAGCAGCAGCAGCAGCAGCAGCAGCAGCAGCAGCAGCAGCAGCAGCCCCAAAUUCAUCAAGGAUGGACUGUCUCGGCCCCGGGCAGUUCCGUAAGUUUCGAAGAGCUCGAAUUUGCUGCUGUCGAAGCUGGCAUUGCUGCGGCGGACAAAUCAGCAGCAGAAGAAGGUCUCAGCAGAGCAGCAGCAGCAGCUGCUGCUGCUGCUCCCUCUGCUGCAGCAGCAGCAGCAGCAGCAGAAGCAUCUGCAGACACCAAAGAGCAGGAGCCGGCGGAACCCCCCAGCCCGCCGAAGCCUUCCCGGUCCUUUUUCUCUUAUUUGUUUUCUGCAUUUCAAACAGCUAAAUCUCCGCAGCAGGAAGAUGUGUCUGCAGCAGCAGCAGCAGCAGCAGCAGCAGCAGACGGCGCUGGUGCUGCUGCUCCUUCCGCAGCAGCCGACGCUGUUGCUGCUGACGCUGCUGGUGCCGACGCUGGAGCCCCUCCCGCCGCAGCAGCUGCUGCUGCGACCGGUGCCGCAGCUCCUGCAGCAGCAGCAGCAGCAGCAGCAGCAACAGCAGCAGCAGCAGCUGCUGCUGCUGCUGCUGCUGCGAGCCCGCCUGGCUCCGUAGCAGCUUCAAGCCACCCCUCGCUCGCCCCGUCUGCCAGCGAGCUGAGCAGCGAGCGAAAGAAAAGGUCUGGAGUUCUGCAGGCCAUGAGGUCCUCGCCUUCCUCGUCAGCAGCAGCAGCAGCAGCAGCAGCAGCAGCAGCAGCAGCAGCAGCAGCAGCAGCGGGGGGGGCGGAGCAGCCGCCGCUGUGGCGGCGGUUUCGCAAAACCCGCGAGCUGAGCCUCAGCAGAAAAAUAAAAAAUAAAGAAAGUCGAAUGAGUUUGGCAAAAGGAGCUGACAGGUUUAUGGGAUUGCUGAAGCGGGUGGGGGUGGUGAGCGAUGCUGCUGCUGCUGAAGCAGCAGCAGCAGCAGCAGCAGCAGCAGGGGCGGCCGCGGGCAGCAGCGGCAAAGGCAGGAGCAGCAGCUGCGGCAGCAGCAGAGCUGCCAGGGGCUCCCGCAGCAAAGCAGCAGCAGCAGCAGCAGCAGCAGCAGCAGAAGCUCGCAGCGAGGACUUCUCCCGGGGAAUGAGGAGAAACAAAUCGCUGGGGAAUGGACUGACCAGUGGACCACUGGUCCACGCGGAGCCGGGAGGUCCGCUGCAGCAAGCAGCAGCAGCAGCAGCAGCAGCAGCAGCAGCAGCAGCAGCAGCAGACGCAUGCAGCACUUCUUCGAAAGACUCCGCCGAGAAGGCAGCAGCAGAGCCCCUCCCAGCCCCAGCCCCUGGCGGUGAAGAAACACACGCAGCAGCAGCAGCAGCAGCAGCAGCAGCAGCAGCAGCAGCAGCAGCAGCAGCAGGGUACCCCGAGGGCUGGUUCCCCUCGCUGCAGAGUUUGGGGGGAAGUGCAGCAGCAGAGGAAGAAGGCACGGGAGUGCUGAGGUGUAUGGACAGCUCGGCUGCAGCAACGGGCUCUGCUGCAGCGUCGCCGCGAGAAGCUCAGCAGCAGCAGCAGCAGCAGCAGCAGCAGCAGCCCGCAGCAGCAGCAGCAGCAGCAGACGGUGCGUCUGCAGACACGGUUGACUUCGCGUUCAAGGAGGAGGCAGCUAAGCAGCAGCAAAAAGAAAAAGACGCAGCAGCAGCAGCAGCAGCAGCAGCAGAAGCUGCUGAGGCAGAGCAGCAGAAAGGUUGGCUGGGAGGCCCUCAAGUGUACAGACGGCUGCUGGAAGGCAUAGCGCAGCUCGCAGAGCAAGCGGGCAUUCGUCGGCAGCAGCAGCAGCAGCAGCAGCAGCAGCAGCAGCAGGGCAGCAGCAGCAGCAGGGAGGAAGCAGCAACGCAGUCCGCCGAGACUCCCGGCGGGGCAGAUCCGGCUGCAGCACAACAGCAGCAGGAAGCAGGAAGCCGCAGCAGCAGGGGGCCUCCCGAAGCCCCGCAGCUGCAGCAAGACAGCAGCAGCAGCAGCAGCAGCAGCAGCAGCACGCAGCUUUCUGGAGAGCCCCCGCAGCUUGUGGGGCCCCACGACAGCCGCCAACCCUUUGGAGACUCCAGGGGCUUCUCUAGCCCCGCAGGGGCCCCCUAUGGGGCCCCCUAUGGGGCCCCCUAUGGGGCCCCCUAUGGGGCCCCAUACGGGGCCCCUUACGGGGCCCCUGGGGCCCCCGGGGCCUCGGGGGCCCCCGGGGCCCCUGGGGCCCCCGAGGCCUCGGGGGCCCCCAGCAGGGGCCCCUCUUCUCAGAGUAGCUGGUGGUGGAGUUUGCUUUCUCUCGAACAAAACAAAAAGUCGGAGUCGGAGUUUGAGAGUUUUCGAGAAGUUCAAAAGCGGAAAUUCGGCAGAGUCCGCGAGGCCCAGGAGGCCCUCUACUGGCCCUUCCCCCCCUCCACUCCCUGCGGCUCGCAGGGGCCCCUGGGGGGCCCCCAGGGGCCCCCGGGGGGCCCCCAGGGGCCCCCGGGGGCCCCCCGGGGGCCCCCCGGGGGCCCCCAGGGGCCCCCGGGGGGCCCCCAGGGGCCCCAAGGGUACUACUGGCCGCCCUACGGCCAUCCCUACGGCGAGCUGUACGCGGCCAGUGGGCGGCCGCGGGGGGACCGCCAGGAAGCUGCUGCAGAAGCUGCUGCUGCUGCUGCUGCUGCUGCUGCUGCAGCAGCAGCAGCAGCAGCAGCAGGCAGUUGCGACCGCAUGCACUUCACCUCUUAUGCUGAGGACUUGGAGGAAGAACAGCAAAGACAGAGAAGUGCUGCUCUCCACUACCACCCCCCCGCAGACCAGCCAAUUGUUUAUUCUGCAGCAAAGCUGCAGCAGCUGCAGCAGCUGCAGCAGCUGCAGCAGCUGCAGCAGCUGCAGCAGCUACAGCAGCUGCAGCAGCUGCAGCAGCUGCAGCAGCUGCAGCAGGGGCCCCCCGCCCACAUGCAUGCGCUGCCGCACGCGGCUCACGGGGUGUCUGUACACUGCAGCGAGCCCCCCCUCGUGGCUGCGCCUUCUGUCUUCUACGGGGGCCCCCAGGGGGCCCCCCAGGGGGCCCCCCAGGGGGGCCCCCAGGGGGCCCCCCAGGGGGCCCCCCAGGGGGCCCCCCAGGGGGCCCCCCUAGGGUUUGUGGGGCCCCAGGGGCCCCCAGGGGGCCCCCCCACGUGGGCACUGCCGCAGGGGGCCCCCCCCGCGUACCCACAAGUGUUUGCUGCUGGCAGCAGAGGCUUUGCGGCUUACGUGCCCAACGCGUUCUCGGGGCAGCCAGCAGCAGCAGCAGCAGCAGCAGCAGCAGCAGCAGCAGCUGCUGCUGCUGCUGCUGCUGCUCCGCCCGACUUUCGCUCUUUCGCUUUAAACCCCCGCAGACAGCCCCACGGCCAGCCGUGA